AUGGAUGAUGACUUAUUAUUGAAUUUUGCUAGCGAACCGCCCGCCAAAAAGCAAAAGGUGAAGGUGACGGGCGGCAGAUGGAAGGACAGGCGGAAAUCGCAGCUUGCGAGCGAAGGCCGAGGUCGCAAUGAGAAAAAAGAGAAGCUGGGAGUAAAUCAGACAAAACUUGGUAAUAGAACCAAGGAUUUGGCAGCGGCCGAGGAUGAAGAAAGACCGUCUAAAAGCGCAUUUCCUGAGCGGCGUGGAGAGGGUGGCAAAAAUAAUACAUACGUUUCGUCACUGUUCACAGCGAACCCAGAGAUCCAGGAGAGACCUAUUGCUGAGAUAGAUGUUCUCUCUCCUUCAAACGCUCCUCUUGAUACCUCUUCUUUUUCUGGACUUGGACUCAACGAUAGAAUUAACGCUCAUCUUCUUGGUCAGCGUAUAGAGAACCCCACAAAGAUUCAGCAACAGGUAAUUCCACGUCUGCUCGCAGGAAAUAAUGAUCUUUUUGUGCAGGCUCAAACAGGAUCUGGUAAGACCUUGGCUUUUGCGCUGCCCAUAUUCCAAAAGCUAAUGGAGAUUCCGAACAUUAAUCGGACUUCUGGUCUUUUCGCAUUGAUUCUGGCUCCCACAAGAGAGCUUGCGACCCAAAUUCACUCUGUUUUUGAGUCUCUUAGUCGCUGCCACCACAGGAUUGUCGCCGGAAAUGUUAUUGGUGGAGAGAAAAAAAAGUCCGAAAAGGCUCGACUCCGCAAGGGUGUCAACAUACUUGUAGCCACUCCGGGAAGACUUGUGGACCAUAUUGAGCACACGCAAAAAUUAGAUCUAUCAAAGAUUCGGUACCUUGUGUUGGACGAGGGUGACCGGCUGAUGGAGCUUGGAUUCGAGGAGAGCAUCACAAAGAUUUUACAUAGCAUCUCUUCGACUGCUGUACCUCUCCAGUAUCCCUCUCUGCCGGCCAAAAGAAUCAGCAUUCUUUGUUCGGCCACCAUUAAGUCCACUGUGAAGAAAUUAGGCGAGCUGUCACUAGAAAAAGCCGAAUUGGUGACCACAAGUGAGCAGAUCACAAAGGUGCCCGAUCAGCUGGUACAGCAGGUGGUAGUGAUUCCUCCGAAGCUGAGGUUUGUCACUCUAGCCGGAACUCUCAAAAACCUGAUCAAGGACCAAACAGCUUCCAGAACAAUUGUUUUUUUCUCGUGCUCUGGAUCGGUCGACUUCCACUUUAUCGCGCUUACCAGGAAAGCUGCCUCCGAAGAUACUUCUGGCUCGCUUUUUGGAUCUAACAUUUUCAAACUACACGGCUCGCUUUCGCAACAGACCAGAACUCUCACCCUCAAACAGUUUGCCGAGAGUCCAAAUAAUGCGAUCCUUCUCUGUACGGAUGUCGCGUCGAGAGGACUCGAUUUGCCGCAUAUCAACAACGUCGUCGAGUUCGACCCGCCUUUUGCUUUGGACGACCAUCUUCAUAGAGUUGGCAGAACCGCAAGAGCCGGUUCUCUUGGAAAAUCUGUGCUUUUCCUGCUUCCAGGAGACGAGGAAAAUUAUUUGAAGAUGAUUGAGCCAUUGCAUCCAUCGGGUAUUCAUUUCCAAAAAUACGAAUCGGUGCUGAAGGAGGCAUUCGAGAAACCAGGCGAAAAGGGCGGUAGUUGGGACACACAAGCAACGACGUUCCAUUUAGAUUUGGAGAGAUGGCUGUUGGAAGAGCCACGAGCCAAGGAAAUAGCAGCCAACGGUUUCAUCAGCCACAUCAAAGCGUAUGCCACGCACUUGGCCUCUGAAAGAGAGUGUUUCAAUGUGAAAAAGAUCCAUUUGGGUCAUCUGGCCAAAUCUUUUGGGCUAAGAGAAACGCCAAAGAAGCUUGCCAGUGGAGGAGAACGUAAAAAGAAGGAAGAUGGUAAGUCCAAGAUGCUGCGCAUGGCUAAGAUGCACCUGCAGGCACAAACGGACGAGUUCAACACAUUUGGCUGAGUUUUGCUUCGAUCCUGGCUUUAAUGGACUGGUUGCUGUGCCCCACUGCGUCGUGGAAUGUUUCAAGACCUCUCCUUACUGUUUCUGUUGCUGUGUCCACUAGCAGACAGAAAUAACCUAUAGCAUGAAUUCUUAUUGCAUUUUGCGGAUUUUUCUCGAUUUCUACCGACUGUAGCAGCUCUGUAAAGAGAGUUUUAGCCUCUGACGGCCAGGAGACGUGCUCCUGGAGGUUGAAAAGUAAUCCCAGAGCAAAAAGUCCGUUUUCUUGGUCCUGGCUCAAAGCUAUGUUUCCAGAAAGGAUGUACGACCGGCGGACCAAUUCUAACAGUGGCACAACAAGAACUGGGUCAUUUAGCGUGCUUUUCUUCUCAGUUGCCAAAACGAUUGCCAGGCGCAAACAAGUCGGCAAACAUUCUGGCCUUUCAAUGAUUGCAGAUUUCACCAGAUGCUCUAUUUUGUCAAACCCUGCCAGCGGACGCACUUUGUCCACGAGCAUCUCAACCAGCAACAUGCUUUUCCCAUCCUCCAGCUGGGCGGCCUGGAUCACCAAUUUCAGUAGUUUUUGUGUGCAUAGUUCCAACAAAACGUGGUGGUCUCGCUGUAAUAAAUAAUCAAAAGCCAAUUCUCUGGGAGACGCUGUUGGAAUAUGCUCAAGAAAAUCUUCCAAAGCCAUCUGGUCAAUCUUGGGCAAGUUUCCUUUUUUCUCAAUGUAUACUCGC